UCGGUCAUGAGCAUUUCUGUAGCAGCAAGUAUUUGAUUGAUAAUCCCAGCGAGGGGGUGAUGCAGCAAGUGAGAAGGACACCUGACUGCUGGACGAGAGACUGGCCAGUGGAGGAUGCUGCUGCUGCAUCUCCUGCAUCCAGCUAGGGAUGGAGUCCACCUGCCGGAGCUGUCCAGGUGCUGAACACAGCAAUCUUUCUCGGAGCUGCUGGAUUCCUAUGGCUUUAUGCGAUCAAUGGGAAAUGAGAUAACUUGGAUGUUUGAUCUGGAUCAUGUACUAAUACCCGUGUUUAUUUGGGAAUCAGUUACUAAUGCUUUAAUCUAAUUGUUACCCAUGCAAUAAUUGAUUAAAGGAGGCUGCUGAUGACUUAUUCACUGCAGUCAAUACCCCAAAUAUACUGUUAAGAGCUUUAACUGGCCGGAGGAUUUGCAUUUAGAGAUGACUAUGCGUUGUUAUAGGGCAGGCUGGUUUUGCUAUCCUCACUGACUGUACCAGGAGCUCUGGAAAACUCAUGGAAAACCUCUCCUUUUACAAUGUCACCAGCCACGUGUUAAACGGAGAUCUAGAUGUGGCCAGCACGGACUUGAGCCUCCGAGCCCUGACGGGCUUGCUGUUGUCCUUACUCAUCUUGUCCACCCUCCUGGGGAACAUGCUGGUUUGCCUGGCUGUCAUCAAGUUCAGACACCUGAGGUCCAAGGUGACCAACUUCUUCGUCAUCUCCUUGGCUGUGUCGGAUCUCUUUGUGGCUUUGUUGGUGAUGCCAUGGAAGGCAGUGACUGAAGUGGCAGGGUAUUGGCUGUUUGGGGACUUCUGCGACACCUGGAUCGCCUUUGACAUUAUGUGCUCCACAGCUUCAAUCCUCAACCUGUGCAUCAUCAGCCUGGACCGCUACUGGGCUAUAGCCAGUCCCUUCAGGUAUGAGAGAAAAAUGACCCAGAGGGUAGCUUUCAUUAUGAUCGGUGUAGCCUGGACAUUAUCUAUCCUGAUCUCCUUUAUACCAGUGCAACUUAGCUGGCAUAAAUCUCAAGAAACAGAUAUGGAGCAUGAUGCCACCAACCAGACAGAGAACUGUGACUCAAGCCUUAAUCGGACUUAUGCCAUAUCUUCCUCCCUCAUAAGCUUCUACAUACCUGUGGUAAUCAUGAUCGGGACAUAUACCAGAAUUUAUAGGAUAGCUCAGACUCAGAUCAGAAGGAUCUCUUCUUUGGAAAGGGCAGUAGAGCAUGCCCAGAGCUGCCACCCAGACUGUCCUCAUGAGAACUCUUUGAAGACCUCAUUUAGGAAGGAAACCAAAGUCUUAAAGACCUUGUCUAUCAUUAUGGGAGUAUUUGUGUUCUGCUGGCUGCCAUUCUUUGUUCUGAAUUGCAUGGUCCCCUUUUGUCACAUUGAUCCCCCCGGUGACAGUGACCCAGAGCCUCCAUGUGUCAGUGAGACCACUUUUAGUAUCUUUGUCUGGUUUGGUUGGGCAAACUCCUCUUUAAAUCCUGUCAUCUAUGCAUUUAAUGCAGAUUUUAGAAAAGCAUUCACCACCAUAUUGGGAUGUAAUAGGUUCUGUUCCAACACAAAUGUGGAAGCUAUCAACUUCAGCAAUGAGCUGGUGUCUUAUCAUCAUGACACCACCUUCCAGAAGGAUAUACCAGUAACUUUCAACAGCACUCAGCUUCCCAAUGUUGUCACUCAGGAUCAGGAGGACUUAAAGGAACAUUGCUUUGACCAAGUGUCUAUUAUAUCCAAUUCACACAGAAGUCGGAGCCAAAAGAACUUAUUAUUGCCUGCCAGUGUGCAGUUUGAAUGUGAGGCUGAGAUAUCUCUGGAGACAAUCACCCCAUUCACCUCUACAGGACCCCUAGAAUGCCACCAGGCACCAGCAUACAGUAACCAAUGAAGAAAGACAAUAUUCUACAAAACUAUAUUAAGCCUGUAAACCUAACUGUAGGUAACCAAGCAUUUACACUCUGUAAAUUGCUGCCAAUAAGUAGAUUUCCUAAUUGAACAUAUUUCCCAGUGGUAUUCUAUCAGGUCAAUAUUUUAAUCUAUUAUACAGUAGACAUGCUAUAGACAAGAUUCAGGGUGCUUUUGUGUAAUGGAAUAGCGCAAAUGCUUACAUCCAAUUUGUGCAGGUCAUAUUUUAGGCUGUCUGCAACAAUAUACAUCUCAGGGACUCAGUAAUGUCAUAGUAUCUUGCUUAUUGUGGUCAAUAUUUUAUAGUUUAAGGGAUUACUAUUAUAAAAAAAAUAUUGUAUUCUUGUAAUUGUAUGUGGUUAAUUCGUGUAAUGAAAUUAUUUAGUAAACGAAUGCCUAUGUUCAUUUCGUUAGAACACAUUUUUCUAUUUUUACAUGCAGAUCAAGCUGUCCAUCAAAAGUGUCAGAGACAAAGAAUAGGACAAACUUAUGCUGGCCAU